AUGAGACGAAGGAUCGAAGAGGCAUUUUCCGUUCCCUGCCAGGCCACGGGAUUAUAUGGUAAACGCAAGGCAGAUGGACCAGGGAAAUGGAAGCAACAGUCUCACUCCAAUGGCAUGAUGAACGAGAAACUCAUACAGGAAUCUCAAGUACCGCCAUUCUUUAGUACAAUUUGCGGACAACCUGAAGAGAAGAAGUCUUACCAGCUGCUGUCAAGUGCGCAAAUGUCCGUCUCGCCUACGCCGCGGAAAGAUGACUUUGAAGAAGAUAUUGAGCCGAGUGCUUUUGACCUCGAAGUGCUCGCUCAGUCAGAUAGAAACGUGAACAACUACGGUAGCCAGCCUCUGCUUGUGUCGAACAUUGGCGACUACUCGUACCAGCCACUGGACGCCCACCCUACGAAAUUUGUUUCCCCUUACUUCAGUGACUCGCAGGUUACGCCGCAUCAAAGUAUAACCUCUCGCUUAUCAAAUAUCGGUGCAAGAUAUGCUUCAAGCCCGCUGGCACGUACCGGAAAAACGGAUGCCAUAUUUAGGAACCGAGAUUUGGAAGCGCAGAAGAUGACCGAAAUCUUCCACCCCCAGUCCACGGAUAGGGAGGUACAGCAUGAUCGAACCAGUACUAACCCUGCCACCUCCCAUGACCUGGCUGAGCCGUUCAAAGAUGUACCUACGUCUGACCGAGGUAUUGCGCUCUUGUCGGUGCGUGAGCUUCCAGAUAACUACCGGCCACUGUUUAACUUCCCUGUUUUCAAUGCCGUACAAUCGAAGUGCUUCCAUGCCAUUUACAAGAGCGACGAUAACGUGGUGAUAGCUGCGCCAACGGGGAGUGGUAAGACUGUCGUCAUGGAGCUGGCGAUAUGUCGUCUACUCAAUAUUCGCAAAGAUAAGAAAUUCAAAGUUGUUUACCAGGCUCCGACGAAAUCUCUCUGUUCAGAAAGAUUCCGUGACUGGAAUCAGAAGUUCCACGCACUUGGUCUUCAGUGCGCAGAGCUCACUGGCGAUACGGACCAUAGCCAGCUGGGAAAUGUCCAGAACAGGCAGAUAAUUGUAACCACUCCAGAGAAAUGGGAUAGCAUGACAAGGAAGUGGAAAGACCAUAUUCGACUCAUGCAGCCCGUGAAGCUCUUCCUUAUUGACGAAGUACACACACUUAAAGAGGCCCGUGGCGCGACGUUGGAAGCUGUUGUAUCGCGGAUGAAAUCGAUUGGGUCCAAUGUUCGCUUCGUUGCGUUGAGUGCAACGAUUCCGAAUUCUGAAGACAUUGCGACGUGGUUGGGGAGGAAUGCCACUAGCCAACAUGUCCCGGCACACAGAGAACACUUUGGAGAAGAGUUUCGCCCGGUGAAGCUGCAGAAGUUUGUCUAUGGCUAUCAUUUUUCUGGCAAUAACUUCGCAUUUGACAAGCUGCUUAACUCAAAUAUCAUCGGCACCCACUCAGCUAAAAAGCCCAUAAUGAUAUUCUGCUCGACAAGGAACUCCACUGUCUCCACUGCGAAGGAACUUGCACGGCUGUGGUCUAUGUCCAGUCGUCUAGUACGGAUGUGGAAGGGACCGAACAAGCCGCUACCGGUCAAACACGCCGAUCUUAAAGUAACCACUGCUGCGGGCGUUGCGUUUCACCAUGCUGGCCUCGAGACCGAAGACCGACACCUCGUCGAAAAUGGAUAUCUGCAGGGGAAAAUCAGUGUCAUAUGUUAUGGCUGCGGUCAGGAGUAUUCGGAUCUCGAAGUUAUGCAAAUGCUUGGCCGAGCUGGUCGGCCACAGUUCGACGAUAGCGCAACCGCGGUAAUAUUGACGAGGAAGGAGCGGGUUAGCCAUUAUGAGAGGCUUGUAUCUGGCUCCGAAAGCGUCGAGAGCAGUUUGCAUCUCAACCUCAUUGAGCACUUGAACGCUGAGAUAGGGCUAGGGAACAUCAAAAGUACUGAGUCCGCCGCUUCCUGGCUUGCAGGCACUUUUUUAUCUGUGAGGUUGCGAAGAAACCCAACACAUUACAGGCUCAAAGAAGGUGCCAAUCGCAACGACACGAACGAGAUGCUUCGACAUAUAUGCGAGAAAGAUAUCAAGCUUCUUCAAGAAUAUGCAUUGGUUGACACUGAGAGUCUCAAAUCCACGCCGUUUGGCUAUGCCAUGUCUCGUUACUCUAUACGAUAUGAGACGAUGAAGACGCUGAUUAAGAUGAAGCCGAAAUCAGACAUUGCUCAGAUUCUGGCAAUUAUCUGUCAAGCAGAAGAGUUUCGUGAUAUCCGUUUCAAAGCUGGAGAAAAGUUACUUUACAAGGAGAUCAAUCGCUCCAAAGACAUUCGCUUCCCAAUAGAAGUGGAUAUUGUACUGCCGGCACACAAGAUAUCGCUGCUUAUCCAGUCCGAACUAGGUGCUGUCGAAUUCCCCAGCGGCGAACAAUUUCAGAAGCAUAGAUUCACUUUUCAGCAGGAGAAAAGCACUGUCUUUGCGCACGUCAACCGGGUCAUCCGAUGCAUAAUUGACUGUCAGGCUCACCUCAAAGACUCAGUAACUCUCUGCAACGCGUUAGGGCUCGCUAGGAGCCUAGCGGCAAGAGUCUGGGAUCACUCGCCUUUCCAAAUGAAACAAAUUGAGAAACUAAAUGCCACCGCCGUGAGGAAACUCGUGGCCCAUGGGAUCGAUAGUAUAGUGGCACUUGAGAAAUCGAAGCCGCACCUAAUCGAUAUCGCCUUGAGCAAGAAUCAGGCGUUUGGGACGAGACUGCAAAAACAUCUGGCGAAUUUUCCGAAGCUUCGCGUCUCCGUCAAGAUGACGGGAAAGGAUAUCCACCCUGGCCCCUUUGUUAGAGUGAAUUUCAAGGCGGAAAUUGCGUUCAUGAACGAGAAGUGCCCGGUUUUCUUCCAGGGGCGGCCUGUCUAUGUCUGCUUUGUUGCGGAGACUUCCGAUGGCCACUUGAUUGACUUUCGACGAACAAAGUAUAUGAUUCUUGGUCUCUUCAAACACUUUGACACUAACGGCCCUAGCGCAACUGGACUGCAGAGGAGUUAUGAGAUACCGCUGAGUGUGGAGCUGAAGCACCAGGAUGACAGUAUUACUUGCCAUGUAAUGUGCGAUGAAAUUGGCCAGGGUAUUCACAGCGGUGAGGGCUUGAGGAAUACCAACAGUACUGAGAGGGAGUCAACCGGCAAAAGUAAUCUCGGACGCUUGACUACCGAUGAGCUGUUAUUUGGGGAGUGGCUGAACUCAGGGCUAUUGGACGAUUGGGACGACAAGGACGUCGACUCUAAACUGCACGAACGAUCUAACGCUGCGACCUCGCAGGAAAUGGUCAGAAAUAAUUCAGAAGAGAGAUUAAUCGAUAACUGGGGUGACGACGACGUCGAGUUUGAGCCGUCUGAGUUAGUUAGUGCCGCACCUCUGCAGAAAAAGGCAUCAAAGAACAAGGGUGACAGUCAAGAUGUAAAGAUAGGCCAUUGUGAGAUAACCAUGUCAUCUUUCAAUGUUCGAGCUAAACAGAGCAGGUGCAAGCAUCUUUGUUGCCGAGAAGGACUGAGCAGUCCUCCAAAGGUCACGAAGAAGAAGUCCGACAAUGCUCAUAGCGAAGCAGCAGAGUUCAGCCAGUCGAGGCUAACUGGCAAUAUAGCAAAGAAGGGCACAAAACCGAUGGUGACAGACAUUGCCAAACAACCGUGCAAAAACAGUCUAGGACUGCUAAGUUCGAACCAGGCAUUGAUUCAGCAGCUGCGACGGUCAAAGGUGAUGGGCGAGGAGAACCCUAAUCCGGAUCCGCCAACCGUUGACUUUACCUCGAGUGAUUACGGCGACGAAGACUUAGAUGACUUACCCUCCCCAUCACAGUUGCUACUGGGGAUUGACAUCAUUCCAAAAAGUCGCGACUCUCACAAUCGAAACCUGCAAAACGGAUUGAAUGACGCUUCCGCCGUUCAGAACACUUUCGAGCUCGGAGACAGUCGGGUAGACGGCAAUAUUUCUUCGCUGCAAUCGCCUUUGGUGCAAGCACGCGCAGCGGAGAUUCCUUGUGCUCAGGCGUUCCUGAUUGAUCUGGUUAGCCCCGAGCCUGAGGAAAUGUUUUCCGUACUCCCACGAUUAGACGGCUGUGAUGGGCAAAAGCGGAAAUUUGCAGACAAAGGAGCAGCGUAUCAUAACAACAGGAACAACAAGAGAGCAAGGAACUGAGGAGGGAAAACGACUCUUAUGGAGAGGUUAUUGUUGGGAGGCAUAAGAAUCCCGCACUUGAAGCGAGUACUGACGAAAGUGGGAAUUCUAGGGUAACUGACUUACCAGGGGGACGCGAAGGCAUCAAUCCAGUACUUCUGAUGAGUUUAGAAGACGUCGUUGAAUUCUUCUGAUUGCUUGAUCUGCGGGAACUGCCGGCUCAGCUUGGGGCGAGGAGAUGAUCCUACUUCUACUUUUGUGUUUGUCAUGUGGUUCGGAAUAUGAAAAACGCUUGAAACUGU